UGGAGUUUAUCGAAUAUGAUUCGGAGAGAGUGUUAAAAAUUUCCGGGAAAAUAAAUCCAAUGAAUAUUGUGAAGAAGGUUGAAAAAUGGGGUAAAAAGGCCGAGGUUUUGUCUUUGCAACAAUCCCUUAAUAGCACUGAUAGUGUCCAUCAUGAAUCAGAAUCCGAAAUUCACAAUGAUGAUUGUUGUCAUUGUGAUUUGAUUUCCGAUUCCGAUUUUGAAAAUCAAGAUAGUGAAGUUUGUGUAUCGAACGAGAGUAACCCCAAUAUCACUUUGAACAAGCAAAGCAGAAAGAGUAAACCCAAGAAAGGGUGCCUUUGGUUGUUCGGGUUGUUUUGUAAAAAGAAGUCGGACGAGGUAACUCUGUCGAGGGAACCUUCGAUGGCUAAUGGACCAUUGAAAUGGCAAUUUCCGAGGAUACCAAUGUUAGAAUAUGGUGGCCCUAGGCCAUACUAUCAACCGUUUCAGUCUUGUUAUCCGCCGAUGAUGGGAAGGCCAUUGGGACCUUCAUAUUAUCCUUUUGCGGUUAUGCGAUCACCGCCACGGUACGGUGUUUUCAACUCUCGGCCACCGCUGAAAGUUAACCCUCUGAUUCAUUAUACUAGUUAUGCAGACAAUUAUAGUCCAUGGUAGAAACUGUUUUAUUUUAAUGAUUGAACAUGUUUUUGCCUUUUUUUCACAAAGGACUAGUUAUUUUCUUUGUGUCCUUUGCUUUAGAGAUAUUAGAAGGUAAUUCUUUUUUUUUCUUUUUUAAUUUGCCUUCGUUUGAGAUCUUUUGACAAUAAAUUUAAUUUAAACUUUAUUGGUAUUUAUAUA